AGCCCUCGACCGCAGCUGGCUCGAGCGCCCUCUGCCCACGCCCCCACGUCCCCUCUGGUCCCACCCACCUAAAAAAAAGAAAACGAACGACCCAGCGGCGACCACGCAGUCCACGCUUCGUCCCUGCCCACUCCUCUGCUCUGUCCCUGCCCGAGACCCAAACCUAGCUAGCGCGGCGGCGGCGGCUUACCUGGCGGGCGCGAGGUCGCGAGGACCAUGGCACCAGGCGGGCGCGGGCGGCGGAAGGCUGGGGGCUUGGAGCCUUGGAGGGCGGCGGAUCCAGCGGCGCAGCAAGCGACGGCAGCAGCAAGCGGCGGCUUCGGCGGCGGCUUCAGCAGCAGCUCCGGCGGCGACUCCAGCGGCGCGGCGGCUUCAACGGCGGCUUCAGCAGCAGCUCAGGCGGCGACUCCAGCGGCGCGGCGGCUUCAACGGCGGCUCCAGCAGGCGACGGCCACGGUCGGGGUUUGGGAUUCAGUUUUGUCUAGAUUGCUAGAAGAUGGAAGGAAAGGGAAAGGGACUAGUAAAUCCAAAGAAAAGAGGAAGAGAUUUGAAAAGGUUUUAGGUUGUUUUCCUAUUGAGGCAUGUCUAUAUUUCCAUUGUAUUUGGUUAUUCGUUCGUAGUGUGUAUUAACUCUUUGAUUCGCAUUAAAAAAAUCUUAGUGAGACUUCGCCACACCUUAAUUUUUUUCCGUGGUCC